AUUGAAAGCCAGUCUGAAAAAUUCGACAAAUAACAUGAACGCUGAUCUACAAAGCAGCAACACCACAUUGAGUGGCGGUGACCAUGCCGACAUCAAGAAGGAGACCAUAUUGGAACGCCUAAACAAGCGGAAUAAGGAACGACAGAAUUUUUUGGAUGUUAAAUUAGAGCAACGCAAUAAGGAGAAUGUGCAGUUGGAGGGUGCCGAUUAUUUUGCUCAAACAUUUGCUGAACGAGUUCGUGCAAUAGAGGAGCAGUUGCAACAAACAACGGAAGUAGCUGCAGCUGCUAAAAUGCCCGGUCCUAUUACACCUAAUACCGAUUUGACACGUAUUUUCGCCGACAUUACACUGCAAAUUCAAGAGUUGCAACGUUAUCUAACCACAUCUACUAUGUUUCUAGCCGAUUUCAAAAUAAAAGCCUGUCAAAAUGUACUCAAUGAGUUAGGUGCCAGCUGCGAGGAGUCUCGGUUGCGUUUAAUACCCAAAAAGAAGUUUGGAUUCAGCGGCAAAAAAGUAGCGCCUAAGGUAUUAGUCAAUCCCAGAGUUGUGAACGUUGCUUCCGAUAAAGUAGACAUGCCCGAAAAGUCAAAAGAUGAUAGGGCUGCAUUCAUUUGGACUUUAGCCAAUAGAGAAAAUGAAUACAUUUGCCUAGAAGGUGAGGAAUUGAAUGGCAAAGAUAUAACUAUUUCCAAUCUAAAGCACUGUUUUGUGGAGUUACGAGGGCAUGCAGGUUCAGUACAAAUUUCGCAUGCCACCGAUUGCACAUUCCUCUGUGGACCCAUAGCGCGUUCACUCUUCGCUGAAUAUUGCGAACGCACUACGCUUGCUCUGGCUUGCCAACAGUUGCGUUUGCAUUCUUCGAACGCUUGUCGCAUAUACCUACAUGUCACAUGUCGGGCUAUUAUCGAAGACUGCACACAAAUCGAAGUGUCUGACUACAAUUAUGAUUACGCUACAAUUGAAGCUGACUUUAAAUUGGCCGGCUUGGAUCGAUCACAAAAUAACUAUACAGAUAUUGCAGAUUUCAAUUGGUUAUCGCCGGAUGUACCUUCGCCAAACUGGAUGCUGCUAAAGGAUGCGCCCACGCCGAUUUGGAGUGAACUAAUCAAACAAAAGCAACAAAAAGCUAUUCCCUUAUAGUGCAUCGUAGAAUGUCAGUAACAAAGGAGGAUAGAACACAAUUGGCUUCAUUCGUACAUGUGGGCCACCUUUAUUUUGCUACUGCUACUACUCCAUGUCGAGGUGUUUCGGCAGUUGUAGCUGAAUAUAUGGAAACGCUGGUGGUUUGAAAUAAAACUAACUGCAAAUGUGGUUGUUGAUGCAUGCUACGUAUAUAUAACAAUGUUUGGUUACUAUUGAUUGUGUUAGGGUAAAAUUUUAUAUGAAAAAUAUUUGUGCGAAAAGAAUGUAUUCUGGUAACAUCAGUUGGAUUUUUGUAUGAGUUGCGCUGAUUUAAAAUGAACUUGACAGGAACACUUUCAAUUUAAUUACUAAAUAAAUAUUUAAUCAUAAACAUAAA